AUGUAUAUUAUUGGAGCCCUAUGUUUGGUAGCGGCAGCUGUUGCCUUACCGGUGCUUCCCGACCCUCCAACUUUACCGGAAUAUGUAUUGAAAGCUGAAGAAUAUAAACUACAUACAAAUUCGGCACAAAUAGCAGAAGGUAUUGAUGUGAAAGGAAAAGAGGAUCAAAAAGACGAAAAUAAAGAAGACAAAGAACAGAAAGAAGACGAAGUGAAUAUUUUAGAAGCUAUACCAAGUCCUCCAGAAUUACCACCAAUAGAGAUAAUAUUUGAAAACGAAAAAAAUCAUGAGAACGUACUUAACGAAGCUGAAAAAAUUAUAAGUGAAGCUGAAAACUCAGAACCUAAAGAAGAUGAAGAUGUACCGAAGGAGUCUGAAACAAUUGUAAGUGAAGCUGAAAACUCAGAACCUAAAGAAGAUGAAGAUGUACCGAAGGAGGCUGAAACAAUUGUAAGUGAAGCUGAAGACUCUAAGCCUACAGAAGAGGAGGCCAAAAAUGAAAACGAAGUAGAAAUUAAAGUUGAAGAUUCUAAUGUAAAACCUGUGGUAAAUUCAAGACCAACUAUUUUUGAGUGGAAGAUUCCAUUGCCUCCUUUCCUUAACAAUAUAAUUUCAUCUUUGCCGUCUUUCCCAACCUCAAUUCCAAAUUUGUCAAAUAUUGGUUGGCCUUUCAAAUUACCAUCUCUUUUCGGUCGGCCCAGAAUCAAUUACCCAGGUUACGUUGUUCUAGAACAAAUG